ACGGUCUUUCUUCUGGUCUCACAGGAAACAAAGCCUUGGAAGACUCGUCGGAAAUUUCUGGUGGCCGAAACAGCCGGUGAUUCGUUGACGUCGCCUUCAAUGAGGUCUUCAAGUGCUCAGAGCGAGAAGAUAGGCAACAACGGGUUUCACGAAAACAGAGAGAACCAGCCACAUCCCGUUCUUCCGGUGGCUCCAUUAAACAGUGUGCCUUACCUCGGUCCCUCAAGCUUGCAUUAUGCAUCAUCCGUGUCAGCAAACAAAUCAGACGAAGAUGCGGAAAAAGUAAGCCCCGCCAUGAUAUUCCUGCCUGCUGAAUCAAGUCAAGAGUUUAACGACCUCGCUGCUCUAAUCAAAACCGGAGUUGCCCUCACCGGAAGUGCCGCUUUGGGGAAAAUCGGACCCACCAUUGGUUUACUGGAUGUCGCUGAGUCUGAUGACUCCUACUAUUUUCGUGUUUCGCUGCCUGGUGUUUCAAGAGAUGAAAAGGAAUUCACAUGUGAGGUUGAGAGGGACGGGAAGAUUGUGAUAAAAGGAGCAACAACGACGGGAGAGAAGACGGUGUGCAGAAACUCACAGGUCUUCGAGAUGCUAACACAGAACUUGUGCCCUCCAGGUCACUUCACCAUCUCAUUCCAGCUUCCGGGUUGGGUCAGCACAGAGGAAUUCGUUGGUAAUUUUGGGUCAGACGGUGUUCUUGAGGGCGUAGUGAAGAAGCAAUUCGUUGAGCGUAAUGAAGCUGCAGCAAUGGCGACGAGCAAUGAUUAUGGAGCUUUCAUUGAGAAAUCUACAAUCUCUCCGACGUCUUCUUCCUCGUCUCCUUCUCUACAGGGUCUUACUUUUGCCAUCAAAGACAUAUUUGAUGUGGAAGGACGCGUAUCCGGUUUUGGUAACCCAGAUUGGUUAAGGACACAUUCCGCAGCUACUUCCACAGCUCCAGCAGUUUCAUCCCUCUUAGAAGCUGGUGCCACCUCUUUGGGUAUUACCAUUAUGGACGAAAUGGCUUACAGUAUAAACGGAGAAAACGCGCACUACGGGACUCCGAUAAACCCAAUUGCUUCCGAUAGAGUCCCUGGCGGAUCUUCAAGUGGCUCAGCUGUAGCUGUAGCUGCAAGUCUUGUGGAUUUCUCCAUCGGAACUGAUACCGGAGGGAGUGUACGAGUUCCGGCAUCUUACUGUGGAAUUUUCGGUUUCCGGCCAUCACAUGGAGCUGUUUCCACUGCCGGAGUUACUCCAAUGGCUCAGAGCUUCGACACAGUUGGAUGGUUUGCUCGGGACACAGCCACUUUGAAAAGGGUAGGGUCCGUUCUCCUGCAGCAGCCUCACUUGAAACCCGUCGAACCAAGUCCAUUGAUAAUCGCAGAUGACUGCUUCAAGCUGUGUAGUGUACCAUGUGAGCUGUUGGUGCAGCCGCUGGUUCGAUCCUUGGAAAAAUCAUUUGGAGGCAACACUGUUAAAAAGAAUGUGAAUCUUGGAAACUACAUUGAAGAGAAUGUUCUGAGCCUGAAGCAUUUCAUGACAAGUGACGAUGUCGCGACACAACAAGAGUUCUGCAUUCCGUCUCUCAUGGCUCUAUCGAGUUCAAUGAGAUUGUUACAGAGGUACGAAUUCAAGAUAAACCACGGUGAAUGGAUCUCGUCGGUGAAGCCAGAGUUUGGUCCUGGGAUAUCAUCACGAAUUGAUGAAGCUAUGAGGACGUCCGACGAGAAGAUCGAUCUUAGCCGGUCCGUGAAAACCGAACUUUUAACGGCUCUUUCAACUUUGCUCGGGGAGAAGGGUGUACUGGUGAUUCCGACGGUGCCAGGUCCUCCACCGCAUCUUCAGGCUGAUGUGGCUGCACUCGAAUCUUUCCGGAGCAGAGCCUUCAGCUUGUUGUCAAUCGCCGGCGUCUCAGGAUUCUGUCAGGUCAGCAUACCAUUGGGGCUACACGAAAAUCUUCCGGUAUCGGUAUCCUUGGUGGCUAAGCAUGGCUCAGACGGUUUUCUUCUCAGUCUGGUGGAUUCCCUUUCGAAAUUCAUUUGACUUUCACAUCAAAUGCAUGUUUGAGCAUAUUUUAAUUUGGUUUCUGUUUAUUGGAUUUCGAUGAUCUGUUUCUGUCUGAUGAAAUACGAAAAAUAUAGAAUUGACCAAAACAGCCAGUGAAGGUUCUGUUUCCCGGUGAUUUAGUUAACCGAAAUGGUUAGGUCUGGUCACAGUUCACUGUUUGUAACUUUGCAUCUUAACUCGAUCUCCACUCCAUUGCAUAUUCUCC